AAUCGUAAAGGGAUUAACGGUAAAUAUAAUUAAAAAAACUAAAAAAAUGGCGGAAAGGCCGUUAAUCCCUUUGACGAUUCUGCUCCUUGUUGUCGUUCUGUGUGUUCAUGUGGCUACAACCUGUGCCGGCCGAACCCACCACCCCAAACUCAACGCGGAUAAGAUGAAGUUUCAAUCUGUGGGAGAACGAUUCUCCAAUAUUAGGGUUUCACCGAGUCCUCCAGAAAAAGGUCAUGACAAACAUGAAGCGGAUAAAAUGAAGUUUCAAUCUAUGGAAAAACGAUUCCCCGAUGUUAGGGUUUCACCGAGUCCGCCAGAAAAAGGCCAUGGCAAACACGAAGUGGAAAAGACUAAAUUGCAAUAUGUGGGAGAACGAUUCCCCAAUAUUAGGGUUUCACCGAAUCCGCCAGAAAAAGGUCACGGCAAACACGAAGCAAAUAAGACUAAGUUGCAAUCUGUGGGAGAACGAUUUUCCAAUGUUAGAGUUUCACCGAGUCCGCCUGAAAAAGGUCAUGGCAAACACGAAGCGGAUAAGACUAAGUUCCAAUCCGUGGGAGAACAAUUUCCCGAUGUUAGGGUUUCACCGAGUCCGCCAGAAAAAAGUCAUGGCAAACACAAAGCGGACAAGACUAAGUUGCAAUCUGUGGGAGAACAAUUCUCCAAUGUUAGAGUUUCACCGAGUCCACCAGAAAAAGGUCAUGGCAAACACGAAGCGGAUAAGACAAAGUUCCAAUCCGUGGGAGAACGAUUUCCCAAUGUUAGGGUUUCACCGAGUCCGCCAGAAAAAGGUCAUGACAAACAUGAAGCGGAUAAGACUAAGUUGCAAUCAGUAGGAGAACAAUUCUCCAAUAUUAGAGUUUCACCGAGUCCGCCAGAAAAAGGUCACGGCAAACACGAAGCGGAUAAGACAAAGUUCCAAUCCGUGGGAGAACGGUUUCCCAAUAUUAGGGUUUCACCGAGUCCGCCAGAAAAAGGUCAUGACAAACAUGAAGCGGAUAAGACUAAGUUGCAAUCUGUAGGAGAACAAUUCUCCAAUAUUAGAGUUUCACCGAGUCCGCCAGAAAAAGGUCACGGCAAACACGAAGCGGAUAAGACAAAGUUCCAAUCCGUGGGAGAACGGUUUCCCAAUAUUAGGGUUUCACCGAGUCCGCCAGAAAAAGGUCAUGGCAAACAUGAAGCGGAUAAGACUAAGUUGCAAUCUGUAGGAGAACAAUUCUCCAAUAUUAGAGUUUCACCGAGUCCGCCAGAAAAAGGUCACGGCAAACACGAAGCGGAUAAGACAAAGUUCCAAUCCGUGGGAGAACGGUUUCCCAAUAUUAGGGUUUCACCGAGUCCGCCAGAAAAAGAUCAUGGCAAACAUGAAGCGGAUAAGACUAAGUUGCAAUCUGUAGGAGAACAAUUCUCCAAUAUUAGAGUUUCACCGAGUCCGCCAGAAAAAGGUCACGGCAAACACGAAGCGGAUAAGACAAAGUUCCAAUCCGUGGGAGAACGGUUUCCCAAUAUUAGGGUUUCACCGAGUCCGCCAGAAAAAGGUCAUGGCAAACAUGAAGCGGAUAAGACUAAGUUGCAAUCUGUAGGAGAACAAUUCUCCAAUAUUAGAGUUUCACCGAGCCCGCCAGAAAAAGGUCACGGCAAACACGAAGCGGAUAAGACAAAGUUCCAAUCCGUGGGAGAACGGUUUCCCAAUAUUAGGGUUUCACCAAGUCCGCCAGAAAAAGGUUACGGCAAACACGAAGCGGAUAAGACAAAGUUUCAAUCCGUGGGAGAACGAUUUCUCAAUGUUAGAGUUUCACCGAGUCCGCCAGAAAAAGAUCAUGGCAAACACGAAGCGAAUAAAACUAAGUUCCAAUCCGUGGGAGAACGAUUCUCCGAUAUUAAAGUUUCACCGAGUCCGUCAGAAAAAGGUCAUGGCAAACAUGAAGAGAGGGAAGGAUGAAGUUCAAGGAACUGGAGGUUGGAAUGUCUAGGGUUUUGUAUUUUCCACAAGAAAAGGCUCAUGGCGAACACGAGGAUAUGUAUCUGACCAAUGCAAUUUUGUCUACACAAUUAAUUUCAUUUCUAUUCUUUGUAUUCUAUACAGUAUACUCCUUGUAUCUGAAUUUUGAAAACUAUUAAUAUAAUGCUUCUUUAUUUUUUUAA